AUGGAGGAGUACGAAAACAUGGCCUUCAAAUGCUUUUGCCUGAAAGGAAAGUUUCCCAAAGUACAGUCCACCGAGUGUUGGAUAUUCGACCCUGUCGGCAAAGAUCAUUUCUUUUGGGAUCUGAUAGUCAAAUCGCAACCGCAACUAGUCAAACUGAAAGUCAUUGUAUACAGAGGAACGUUGAGAACCGUACCGUCGCACUUUUUGCAAAAUAUGCCGUACCUGAAGAAUUUUACGAUAUCCUUUGGCACGCUGUUGGAUGUCGAGCGACACGUCUUCAGCAACUCUUCUUCCCUGGAAGUGCUAAAUCUGAAGAAGAACAAAAUCGAAUCACUGAAUUACAAUUCGAUCUCAAAUCUGGCAUCGCUGAAACUGAUAAAUCUAGAAGAGAACGAACUGAUGAGGAUAAAGUACGGUUGGUUUUACAACCUUCCCAGUCUGAAAACUGUCAAGCUGAAUAAAAACAAUAUCACGAAGAUAGACGACAAAGCCUUCACGAAUAUGGGGAGCGUGAUAGAGAUGGACCUGUCCGAGAAUUACGUGUGUGACAUCAAUGAAUUGACGUUUUUCGGUUUGUCGAAGCUAAGAAGACUCGACCUCAGUUACAACAAGAUAUUAAGUUUAACAUCUCGGAUAUUUUCGGAGCUGUGGGAUAUAGAGGGAUCUAAGACUAAACCAAACCAAGCUAAGCUGAAAUCAAGUUUCCAGAUAGAACACAACUUUAACUCUUCAUAUUCGAAUUGA